AUGGUUGAUGUUGCCUGUGCUGUGUGGCCUCAGGCAAGUUUCCGUCCCUCUCUGGGCCCUCUGUGUCAUACCUACUGGCCUCGGUGUUCACCGUGGAACGGGGAGCGCUGCUCACGCCUGUUCCUCUCCUUGCAGGUCUUCUCCAUUGUGGUCUUCGGCUCCAUUGUGAAUGAGGGCUACCUGAACAACCCGGAGGAGGAGGAGGAGUUCUGCAUCUACAACCGCAACCCCAAUGCCUGCAGCUACGGCGUGACCGUGGGCGUGUUGGCCUUCCUCACCUGCCUGCUCUACCUGGCACUCGACGUGUACUUCCCGCAGAUCAGCAGUGUCAAGGACCGCAAGAAGGCCGUCCUGUCUGACAUCGGUGUCUCGGCCUUCUGGGCCUUCUUCUGGUUCGUGGGUUUCUGCUUCCUGGCCAACCAGUGGCAAGUCUCCAAGCCCAAGGACAACCCUCUGAAUGAAGGGACAGACGCAGCCCGGGCUGCCAUCGCCUUCUCGUUCUUCUCCAUUUUCACGUGGGCGGGUCAGGCCGUGCUAGCCUUCCAGCGGUAUCAGAUUGGCGCCGACUCGGCCCUCUUCUCCCAGGACUACAUGGAUCCCAGCCAGGACUCCAGCAUGCCUUAUGCACCCUACGUGGAGCCCAGUGCUGGGUCGGACCCUGCUGGCAUGGGUGGCACCUACCAGCAUCCAGCCAACGCCUUCGAUGCUGAGCCCCAGGGCUACCAGUCGCAGGGCUACUGAGCCCCCGCUGAUGGUGGUGACAGUGACCGCCUACCCUGCCCCUGCCCUUCCAUCCUAGCUCCCCUCCCAAGCACCCUGCUCCCUCCCAGGUGACCCUGCCUCGCACACGCUCAGCCUCCAAGUGACUCCACUGAGGCCCAGUGCAGCUG